AUGGACGCGCCACGCCGCACCGCGAACACCGCGCCCGGGACCCGCCUGGCCCUCACCUGCACCGCUGCGGUCGCAACACCUAUGGACGCCGCGGAGCCGCAGGGGCCGGCGCCGGGGUCGCCCGAGGGGGCCACGCCCAGCAACCGGCUCGACGUCACGCUGGGGACCGCGGAGGCGAAGCAGUCGCUGCGGUUCAUCGCCACCGCGCUCAGGAAGGACAACGUGAUCCUGGUGAGCCAGGUCGGAGUGCCGAGCGAGGCGGCGGAGGCCGGGGUGGUGCCGGGGCUGAGGGUGCUGGGCCUCAGUGACCCUAUGAGAGACGAUAUGUGGAUGCUCGACGGGAACGUGAGCAUCUCGAAGAUCAAGCAGUCGCUCCAGAUGCAACGGUCCCCGCGGGUCCGCUUCAUCUUCGAGAAGAGCGACGAGAUCGACGAGCUGGUCGCAACCGCUUCCGCGAGCCUGGACGCCAGUCUCGACGCGAGCACGGACGAGGAGGACGAGUACACGGGCCCGCGCGACGUCGCGGACGUGCUCAUGUCCAAGGCCGGCUCCUCGGCGUCCGGCAAGCGCGUCGCGGCGCGCAAGGCCUCGAUCGCACAGGACGAGCAGCGCUCGGACUUUGGCGUGUUCGCGGGCCUCGCCGCGCUCUUCGUCGUGCCCGCGCUGCUCGUGCUGCUCUGGGCGUACAGCCAGGGAAUGCUCGUCGUCAACCGGUCCUACUUCGACACCAUGUGGAUGCACGCGCCCUGGCCCCUCGGGCUGUAG